UCAUUUCAAUACGUAUAUCUCAAAAAAUAUUAAUUAAAUUAAAUUAAAAUCAUCGUCGUCCUCGUAGAACACAACCAUGCCUUCAGAAACGAAGAAGCUCCACAUAGCUAUGUUCCCAUGGAUAGCAAUGGGCCACGUCACACCCUUCCUCCACGUAGGCAACGAGCUCGCCAAGCGAGGCCACACCGUCUCUCUCCUCCUCCCCAAGAAGGCCCUCCUAAAGCUCGGCCACGCCGCCGACCCCGGCGGCAGCCCCGUCAAUUUCCACACAGUCAAGGUGCCCCACGUCGCCGGCCUCCCCGCCGGCGCCGAGACCUGCUCCGACAUCGACAUCACCGAGAACAACUUCCUCGCCAUGGCCUUUGACGCCAUGUCGCCGGAGGUGGAAGCCCUCCUCCGGGACACGAUCAAGCCGGACGUCGUGUUCUACGACUUCGCCCACUGGAUCCCGGAUCUCGCCUCCCGGGUCGGGUUCAAGACCGUCUGCUACCAGAUCGUCUCCGCCUCCUGCAUGGCGUACGGCGUCGUUCCGGCGAGGACGAUCCCCAAGGACAGGCAGCUCACGGCGGAGGAACUGGCGGCGCCGCCGCCAGGCUACCCCUCCUCCACGGUGGUUCUCCGCCGCCACGAGGGCAUGAUCAUGUCCUUCAUCGGUCGGGACUACGGCGACAUACGCUUCGACGAGCGGAUGGCCGCCGCCUUGAGCGGCUGCGACGCCAUCGGGAUACGCACGUGCGCCGAGAUGGAGGGCCCCAUGUGCGACUACUUAUCGGAGCAGUACAAAAAGCCCGUUUUCCUAAGCGGGCCGGUUCUGCCGGAGGUUCCGGAGGGCCCGCUUGAGGAGAAGUGGGACACGUGGCUGAAUAAAUUCCCGCCGAAAUCCGUGGUGUACUGCGCCUUCGGCAGCCAAGUAAUUCUGAAGAAGGAGCAAUUUACGGAGAUGGUGUUGGGUUUCGAGAUGACGGGGCUGCCGUUCUUUAUCGCGGCGGCGAAGCCGCACGGGGUGGAGAAGGUGGAGGAGGCGCUGCCGGAGGGGUUCAUGGAGAGGGUGGCGGGGAGGGGGGUGGUGCACUGUGGGUGGGUGCAGCAGACUCAGAUACUGAGUCACGACUCGGUGGGUUGCUUCGUGAGUCACUGCGGGUUCGGGUCGAUGUGCGAGUCGUUGAUGAGUGACUGCCAGAUUGUGCUGGUGCCGAGAUUCGGGGACCAGGUGCUGAACGCGCGGCUGCUGACGGCGGAGAUGAAGGUGGCGGUGGAAGUGGAGAGAGGGGAGAUGGGGUGGUUCUCCAAGGAGGAUCUGUGUAACGCCGUUAAGACGGUGAUGGAUGUCGGUAGUGAGGUCGGGGAUUUGGUGAGACGGAAUCAUGCCACGUGGAAGGAGACUUUGGUCAAGCCCGGGUUUAUGGAUAAUUAUAUUGACAAUUUUGUCCAGCAAUUGUAUCAGCUUUAAUUCCGUUUUUUUUUUCUUAAAUAAUAAUAAUAAUUAUUAUUAUUAUUAUUAGUAUUUUAGAUCCUUUCUAAAGUAUGUUUUGAGGGUAUUUUGGGUGUAAUGAGAAAUUUAUUAUAGUUUUACUAUACACGUGUAUUGUGGAAUGUUUCUUCUGAUUUAAACUGAUGAAUAAUAUGGAUCGAAGAUAGUAAUUAGUUUGCACGC